GGAGGUUUGGCAUGGUGAUUGGUGGCACAGCCAGUGGACGGUUGACUGAUGGGCUGCUGUUGCCUCACAGAGCCAAAGGGACCACCACUCUUUGCCACCCAGCCCAGUCUGGGGUGCAGGGGUGAGGUGGCUGUGGCUUCAGGAUGAGAUCUGACUCCCUGGCCUGGGCUCGGGUCUGCAGGCUCCUGCUGGCAUCGGAUCAGUACUGGCAGAUAUGAGUGGGGCACUGAAUUCUCAUGGUGCAGGCGCCUGGCCCGGAUGGAGGUGGGAGAGUCAGGCUGGGCCGUGGGAGUGCACGAGACCACACAGGACGUGUGUGCCUGCAUCCCAGGAAGGGGUCACACCCCUCAUGAGGGAGGGUGCACAGAGGUGCACAGAGGCUGCGGGACUGAUCCAAGGGGGAGAACCGACACCAGCACGAAGCCAGGGGGACAGUGACAGCAGGGCUGGCUGUGUCUCCCGGCCCCAGGGGCUCCUGCUGUGGGCUCCCACCAGAGAGCCAGGCUCCAGGACAGCACCCAGGCCCAGGGUGGGGGAGCCAGCAGAGCUUCAGGAGAAGACACAGAUGAAUGCAGGUGAAGGAAGAGGCCACCAUUCUUCCCAAGGAGGCAGAGACAAGCUCUCCAGCACCGAGGGCGCAGAGGGACACAGGGUCACAGAGCGAGAGGCAGGCAGGAGGGGGACAGGGAGCUGUGGUUCACGGAGACUCUCCUGGCAUGGAUUCCAGCCAACCUGCCUGCUCCUCGAGCGGCCAGCGUGUCCUGGGGUCAUGGGGUUGUCACUCCUGGCCACCUUUCAGGUCCAAGCCCAGCUGUCCCCUCCCGUGCAGGCCAGGCCGAUCCUGUUCCAUCCUGUCUGGCUGCAGAGUCCUCCCAUUUUGAGGAGAGCUUGCUGUGCUGUGGCACCAAGGCAAAGUCCCCUUGUUCAUCAGGGCUCUGCACCCAGCCUGGCUCUGCACGGAGCACAGGGCUCAGGAAGCAGCAGGACCCCACCCCAGGCCCAGGCUGCAGGGACCAGCGUGAGUUUCCCACAGCUGCACAGCACAGGGGUGAUGGCCAGAGCAUUGAAGCCUCGAUCGGUCCCACAGGAGUAUGUGUGAUGUUGGUGGUUCGUGUAUCCGUUAAAAAUCAA